AUGACGGCGGUUGUUGGCUUGCAAGCCCUGUUGUUUCAGGAUGGCGGGCUUGUAGUGCUCGGCAUCAACCUCCUGAACAUGUCAAUUAUGAGCGUGCUCGCGGGCUACGGAGCAUACUGGGUAUUCCGUAAACUUGGCACGAGUUUCAAGCACCUGAUGAUAGGCGGUUUCAUUGCCGCAUGGGUGUCGGUCGUCAUAGCCGCCGCGUCCACCGCUCUUAUGCUAGGUAUGAGCGGCACGACUCCUCUCGCGCUUGCGCUGCCCGCUAUGGUCGGCGUUCACAUGCUCAUCGGUAUAGGCGAAGGGCUGAUAACCGUGUUCGCCCUGUCAUUCAUUCGCACAGCGCGCCCUGCCCUCCUGCAGGCGCCCGCAGACACAAGUGCAUCGGGAAUGCCCGCUGCACAGACUAUUGCCCCCGCAGUGAAAAGCAUGGGUUUGCGAUGGUGGGUGUUGGGCUAUGUUAUAGCCGUUGCGGUUACGCUUCUAGCGCCACUGGCAUCCGGGUCGCCCGAUGGACUGGAGCGUGUCGCCGGGGAUUACGGAUUUAUUGAGCGAGCGCAGGAUGCUCCCUACGCCCUCAUCGCCGAUUAUGUCGUGCCGGGCAUUCAGAAUGAAACGCUUGCUACAAUUCUGGCGGGCGUCAUCGGCGUAACUGUAGUCUAUGUCUUAGUGGCAGGCGGCAUAUACGGCUUGUUCACACUUUGUCGGCAUCGCCGGCGCGAGAGUCUGGCGCACGAAUAA